GAAAAUAAAAUUAAAACUAAAGCUACUUUGCUAAAGAAGAGAAUACCUGUAACACAAGAAAGAGCAAUAAAGAAAUAAAAAACAGUCUUUCCCUCCAAACAACCACAAUACAAAUACCUCCUCAUUCUUAUUCCUUCCCCUGUUCCUCCACCACAACAAAUAUGGCCACCUCAUUGAGCAGCAACUUGCUAAUCAUCAUCAACCUCCUCACCUUCCUCCUCUCCAUCCCCAUCCUCUCCACCGGCAUCGACCUCUCCUUACACGGCGCCACAAACUGUGACAAGUUUCUCCAAACUCCGCUUAUCCUUAUCGGAAUUCUCCUCUUAGCCUCCUCCCUUGUUGGUUUUGUCGGUGUCUCUUCACGUAAUGCCUUUCUCCUUUGGGUCUACCUAUUCACCACCUUCAUGCUCAUCCUCGCUGCGCUUGUUUUCUCCGUCUUUGCCUUUGUUGUCACUAAUAAAGGCGCUGGUGAGGCCGUCUCCGGCGCAAGGUUUUACGAGUAUAAGCUUGGUGACUACUCUAAUUGGCUACAAAAGAGAGUGAGCAAUCCAAAGAAUUGGAUGAAGAUCAAGAGUUGUCUUCAAGACACAAAAGUUUGCAAGAGCUUACAACAAGCCAACCCUACCAAGGAUGAGUUUUACAAUAAGAAUUUAACUCCAAUUCAGUCCGGAUGUUGUAAGCCUCCCAUUGAAUGUGGAUUCACAUACCAAAAUGCGACGGUUUGGGAUAAACCGAGCGGUUUCUCUGCAUCAAAUCCAGACUGCAAUACAUGGCAGAACAACGGAUCGGUUCUAUGCUAUGACUGUCAAUCAUGCAAAGCCGGUGUCGUCGACUAUCUCAAGACUCACUGGAAAAAGGUUGCCACCAUUAACAUCAUCUUCAUAGCUCUCCUUAUCAUCGUCUACACUAUCGGUUGCCAUGCUUUCAGACGUGUUCGAACAGAAAGGUUUUUUGACAGAUAUAUGAUAUAGAAUGUACUUUUCAUUUCAUUUAUGCUUUGCUUUCAUGCUGUAAACAUGCAACAAAUACCUAUAAAAUAUCAUGCAAAUUGACAAUCAUAUAUAUAUAUAUAUAUAUAUGUAAAAAUA